AUGUCCAAGAGACCGAAGCUUGAGGCUACGAGGAGCAAGUCGCCUAACUUGCCUUGGGACAGAGCAUCUCUUCCGUCUGGAAUAUGGCAUCGAGUUUUCACAUUUCUCCCCCCUAGGAGCUUGGGAGCCUUGCUACGAGUAAACAAGCUUUUCAACGGGUAUCUUGAUUCUCAGUCCUCAUUCAGCAACACUGCUCUUCACCCGGAACAUGCGAGUCUCUUCAAACCAAUCAAACCAGACACAGUCUGGCAGCAUUCAAGGAGACUGCACUGUCCCAGGAUGCCCUCGCCACUAGGGAAUCGGACUGAACUCGACAUGUGGCGGCUGUGCUGCACCAAAACCUGUCAAUAUUGUGGUGUUACAAAGCCUUGUGAGCAACGACAAGAGAAUGCCGAUCCCUGCCGUUCAGGGCCUGGAGUGCAUGGUCUGGCAACCGUAUUUGCAUUUGGCGUCACCUGUUGCGGUUCCUGUCUUCUGAAGCAUUCUGUGAAGGAGAUCGAUUUGCUACUCUCUUCCACAACCCCAUCCUCCCUAAUCCCAGCACUCGCUUUUGUCUUCGUCACACCUGAACUACAGGCCAUCCCACCAAGCGCUUUGAUAAUCAGCGCAGGCGAUCACGAGUCGGAACUUACCAAAUUGUACUCAGCCUCCAGCAUUGCUGCCGCCAAGGAACAGCUAGACGUGGUUCAGGGUCUCGGGACAGCAGCCGUCGAAGAGUGGCUCAAGGGACUAGACACCCAGGGCAAAGAGCUCAGAAUUGAUGCCUCACGAUGGGAAAAGUGGACUGUGGCUGGCGGUCUGGCGCAAAUAUGCCAAACUGUGCAAACCCCGCGGAACGGGAGUUCCGAUCAAUUGAUGCAAGACCGAGACCACGAAUCACCAAAGCCCCCUCAAGCUUCUUCACAAAACCGAGAUUUCGAAACUGCCAGCAGGUCAGACAAGACCCACGACCAGGCGGCUGCGCAGAAGGCACUACGGCGUGCUGAGAUUGAGCGACGCGCUAUGUUACUCGACCCUCCUCUGCCACCCAAUAUCAUUGUUCACAUGCCUUCCUUUCAAGCAGCCAUACUAAUCCCGGCCGCAUUGAACGAGGAUGCGUGGAAUACGCUGGAGCCCAAAUUGCUGUCUCAACGAGCCGAAGCUGAGAGGAACAUCAAUAAGUGUCCUACUGAACUUCGGAGCACCAGCAUUGAGACGAAGGUCGAUACAGCAAGGGAAGUUACAGACCAAGACUGGGAUGAUAUCCAAGGCCCGGUGCGGGCGCGAAUGGCAAAAUAUGCCGACGAGAUCAUCCGCGGUAGCUGGAAUAAGGGUCGCAAAGUCAACAAGGAGAAUAGCCCACGGUUUGCAGCGGGGGUCCUUCUUUCAGUGCGGACAAGAUUCUACGCCGACGUCGCGAAAGAUGCUGCGGAGGCUAUAGCAGCUGGACGGCGGCCUGUAGUCGAUCCCCAAGAUGGUCCUUUUACACAGAAGCUCACGCUGGAGAACAUGAAGUGGGUAUUCGAUAUGAAGAUCAAACAGCAUACCGAGUCGCAUAGAAAGGAGUUGUUUCUCUGCAACGGGUGCGAAAGCCAUAGGUUCUACGGUUUCGAGGGGGUCAUACAGCACUAUGCCGCAAAGCAUACCAAAGCUCUCAGUCUCGGCAAUAUCGUUGUUCACUGGAGAGCUGAGUGGCCAGAGCAGUCCAUUUUCAAACCUAACGGCCGACCGACCAAAAGUUCUCAGCAAGUCGCAGGAAAGGGAACUGCACAGAGUCAUACGGCGACAGGACCCCGGCCGCCUCAAGGUCAUGACACUCUUGGUCGGAGUGGUAGUCUCUUACCUGCCCCGGUGUACCAGUAUCCUUCGGACCAAGUUCCACCCCUUUCCUAUCCCACACCACAAGCCGACCCGUACAAUACGUUAUCAACAUACAAUGCGGAUGCUAGCAUACCGCUUGCGCCCUAUCUACCACCGAACUUUGGGCCGUCUGGCGCCCCUCAAUUCUAUCCUGUGGCAUCUUCUGGCUUUGGAUCCAUCCCUCCUGGCCCCCAAGACCACCCUCCGAGCAUUCUAGGACCACCAUAUGUUGGGCAGCCGCAUAGUACUCUUCCGCAUCAAGGCAAUCCUCAGCCACCGUCCACUGCACCUCGAGGCAUACCCUUCACGCCCUCGUAUACCACUCAACAGGAAGACCUGGCCCGAAUCGCGAGAGACAUCUGGAACUCGCUUAGCACCGUCAGGGAUUUGCCUGGACCCUUGAGAGUAUACAUCACUAUACACCAUGUGGUCAAACGUUUUUGGCACAAAUUUGGCGAGACUCCCUCGCUGCGGAUGUUUAACGAUGGGUUAUCAAACAACAAGGCUAUGCGUCCAGUCCGCAAUAUCAACGGACUGAUGUGCAGAUCCUGCACAUUGGGUCUAGGGCCACCAGUCAAUCCAGAACGCACCACGUUCUCUCUCCCGCAGCUCGUCAAUCACUUCGAGAACAAACAUGUUCGUUUCCAGCAGGUGAGGCACAGGAGUGAGCCAGGACUCGAUUGGACACAAGAUAUGGUUCUGAUGCCGGAUGUAUCAGAAAUUCCUGACUUG